CCCCAUCAGAGAAUCCAAUCCGUUAAUGCAGUUAGAGGCUUCUAUUAACUCACUUAUCUAUAACAUCUCUCACCUUCUGCUUCCAUUCUUCACUCACUCACUGCAUCAUGGCCUUGUCAAGCCCUCAGAUACAACGAUUCCUCUUGAGUAAGCUUCAUGGCCGCUCCAUCUCCAAGAACACACCGAGAAAUGUUUUUGCCAUCACAAGCAGAAGUGGGUGCUGUUCUGCCAUAGCCAUUGAUGCCCCAUCGUCGUCUUUGACUGAGGUGCCCGGCAUAAGAUGGGGGUCCAUAGCCUUGCAGGGUCUCCGUGAAGAGAUGGAAGAUGAUAUUAUUGUGAGACCCGCUGGCCUUCAAGGCUUCUCUUUUGCAGCUGUCUUUGAUGGCCAUGGAGGCUUUUCUUCGGUCGAGUUCCUCAGUGCCAACUACAGGGAUGAGCUAUACAAGGAGUGUGUUGAAGCUUUACAAGGUGGAUUACUAUUAGUUGAGAAAGAUUUCAAAGCCAUUAAAGGAGCAUUACAGGAUGCAUUUCUCAAGGCUGAUAUGAAGUUAUUAAAACGGCUUGAAAUAAAGGAAGAGGAGGACGAAUCAGGUGCUACAGCAACUGCCAUGUUCGUUGGAGAUGAUGAGCUGCUAAUUUCACAUAUUGGUGACUCAUCUGUGGUUCUAUGCAGAUCUGGGAAAGCAGAAGUACUGACUAGUCCUCACCGUCCAUACGGGAACAACAAGACUUCUCUUGAAGAAAUUAAAAGAAUCAGAGAAGCAGGUGGAUGGAUUAGCAAUGGUAGAAUUUGUGGAGACAUUGCUGUAUCUCGUGCAUUUGGGGACAUGCGAUUCAAAACAAAGAAGAAUGAGAUGCUGCAAAAAGGAGUUCAGGAAGGAAGAUGGUCAGCAAAGUUUAUUUCUCGUGUACAGCUCAACAAUGACUUGAUUGUUGCAUACCCUGAUAUUUAUCAAGUAGCUCUUGGCUCAGAUGCUGAAUUUGUAGUAUUAGCAUCCGAUGGCUUAUGGGAUUACAUGAACAGCUCAGAAGCAGUUUCAUUAGUGAGGGAUCAACUACGAAAACACGGAAACAUUCAGCUAGCAUGUGAAGCACUUGCACAAGCCGCUUUGGACCGACGUACACAGGAUAAUGUCAGUAUUAUAAUUGCCGAUUUAGGGCGGACAGACUGGCAAAAUGUUCCACUGCAGCAACAAAAUGUUAUAUUUGAGCUGGCUCAAGCUCUUGUUACCAUUGGAAUUGUGUCUAUUGGAAUCUGGUUUUCAUCGCAGCUUUCCUUAUAGAUUCAGAAAAUACCACCAGUCAUGUACAUAAAACAGAAAUAUACUUAUGAACUUUUUGUCUGUAUAAUCUUAAUUGUACAUGCCUCACAUCCUAGAAUCUACUUGGUUUAGGGCACCAAAGAAUUGUUAAGAAUAAAUAUAUUUUUGAAGGCUUCAUCUUA